UACAAACGAAAGUAGCUGGUUCACCAGGCCAGUGUCAUUACCUUCCUCCUAUUGACUCAUCUGUGAUUGCAGGAUGCUAAAGUUUUUCACAUUUCUGUAUAUUUGCCGAAGGUGUGUGUCGGUGUUACAAGCGUCUUUUGUUUACUUUCCGUGACAGCAACACGGCUGUUAGCUGGUCAUAAAUAAGAGAUGGAUGGGUGACUGUCUGUUGAGAAAAGUCCAAAAGCUAGCUACUCCACGGAUUUAUUUUUCCUGACUGGGACCCGGAAGCAGAAGUACGAUGGAGUCAAGAUUCUCGGCUAACCGUAAAAAGAUACCGUACUAUGUGUAUUUCUAAAUAUUCCCUGCCGUCGCAGUAAAGAAAAAAUCACCACCACAACUCUUUAGGCUGGAAAAAGACUUUUAAAAACAACCGGAACUCAGUAGCCGAACCAGGAAGGAAAGAAGAAUGCUUAGUCUCUAUGUUGGUAAACAAUCUCUAGUGGAGUUGCGUUCUGUUUGUGUGUGUCUGAAGUUGUAAAAAGAGAACUGUGUAAAUGGGAAGUUAGACCUUGGUGAUGGACGAUGAACCCAUCUGUCUGAUUUUGUGUAAGGAAAAAAUGCCGAGCCUUGUGAGCAGUUACGACGGGGAUACUGUCAGCAAUGUGUCCGAAGUGUCAGACGAAGUUGGGACACAAAGCACAGAUUUUGUCCAUGACAACAGAGAGACAGAAGUUAUAAUAUCUGACGCGGUUCUGGAGUUUCACAAAGAUAGGCUCGAAAGGACUGGUAGUAAAGAAAAUACCGAAAGGGACAGUGUUAGAAAACCGACAGCUGUGGACAUUUUAAGAAGGAAUUUCGGGACACCCAGACCUCUAACUAAUGUUGACAGCAACCCCGCGGAAGAACAGAAAGACAAUCAGGAUGUCUUCGUGGGUACAGAUUUUAAAAAGCCAGUGGACAGCCAGGAGAGAGGAAAGUCCAUGACGAGUGAAGCGAAACACUGUGUUUGCAUUGGAAAUGAGCAAAUAAACUCAGAAUACAAAUCGGGAUUAACGGCAUCCGAUUUGGAUGAAGUGGAUUUAAGUGAGUCGGAGGAAAACCGUGAGACCAAAUUAAGAGGUGGAGACGACAUUUGCCUGUCCACGGAACAUGUUUACUGCACUGUGUACUGUAUUGCAAACGAUAACUACAGGAGACACGCCGAUAAUUUGGACGGCGAAGUAGACCUGGAUGGAGGGGUAAUGACAACAGACGUCGCAACCCAGCCAGUCACGGAUUUGCGGCAGCAGGCUGACUUGGAGCUGGGCCACUACCCGGAACCUUUCACACUAACGAACCUGAUUGAUUCCCGGACGUUGAGCAACUUUUAUAACGGGGAAUACAGUGUGUCCGUUGUCUUAACUUGUCGCAUCUGCCUGGAGGACAAAAAUAUCAAGCCGUUACAUUGUUGUAAAAAGGCUGUGUGCGAGGAAUGUCUGAAAAGAUACAUCAGCUCACAGGUGCGCGCGGGCAAGGCGGACAUCGUGUGCCCCAUCACGGAGUGCAGCGGCCACCUGGAGGAGAACACCAUCGUCAGCCACCUGGCCAGCGAGGAGGUGGCCAAGUACCGGUACUUCCUGGAGCUGGGCCGGAUCGACUCCAGCACCAAGCCCUGCCCCCAGUGCAGCCUCUUCACCUCCCUGAAGACCCGGAGCCUGCAGACGCCCAGCAAGACUGAGCAGAAGUACAAGGUCCAGUGCGCCCAGUGCCAGUUCGUGUGGUGCUUCAAGUGCCACUCCCCGUGGCACGAGGGCCUGAAGUGCCGGGACUACCGGAGGGGCGACAAGCUGCUCCGCCACUGGGCCAGCGUCAUCGAGCACGGCCAGAGGAACGCCCAGAAGUGCCCCCGCUGCAGGAUCCACAUCCAGAGGACGGAGGGCUGCGAUCACAUGACCUGCACCCAGUGCAACACCAACUUCUGCUACCGCUGCGGGGAGAAGUACCGCCACCUGCGCUUCUUCGGGGACCACACCUCCAACCUGAGCGUGUUCGGCUGCAAAUACCGCUACCUGCCCGAGAAGCCGCACCUGCGCCGGCUGGUGCGAGGGUCCGUCUGCGCGAGUAAAGUUUUGGUUGCGCCCCUGGUGAUUGUCCUUGUGGUGGCGUUUGGAGCCGUGGCCCUGGUCAUAGGCCUUGUUGCUUUCCCCGUCUACUACAUCUGCAAGAAGAGGAGGAAGCAUUCUCAGGGGACCAGACACUGGCUGUGGUGAAGGAGUCGGCCUGGGAGGGACCGAGCCCGGGGGGGGGGGGGGGGCGCCAGAGGAGCGGAGGGACCGCCACAUACCAAACACCCACCCCGCCCAGGAACCGGGGAGUUUCCACAACCGCCGCCCUCCACCGCUCACGGAUUACGGUCCGCGAGUCCAGCCAUUUGCCCGCCGGACACGCCAACCCCGCCCCCCUGCCCCCGACCGCGUCGCCCGGCUCCGUUCCAGAGCGUGCGGUCCCGGCGACCGCGCGCGGUCGAGCGCCGUCGCGAGGCGGCGGUCUUGUUCUCUGGUGGCCACGUGAUCACUCCCCCUGUCCCCCGGUCGCGCGCGGGGGGCGCGGUUCCGUUCGGGUUCAAAGCAGUUCACUUCGGGAAAUGAACCGUUCCGCCGUUCAGGUCAUGACUAUUGUCUCAUGAGUAUAUUUUCCACGCAUUUCCUGAACUGACUGCGUUAAAAUGAAAUUAACCACGACUCUGAUCGUAAGCGAUUAUUCACUGACAAAAGAAUUGCAAACGCAUGACUGUGAGAAUCAGAUCAUACUGGCUAGAAGGCAGAAAGGAUGUAGCAGAUGGUGGACAGCAGGAAUUGUUGCAGAAUGUAGCAUUUUACCCAUAGAUAUAUGAAAAAGGGUAUUACAACAGAGGAUACUUUAUCCUAAUGGGAGUGUCUCAAAUUAAUCCUUUUUUUUUUUUUCCUCCUUGCCUCAGAUGGGUUGUAUUGUAGUGGGAGAGGGUGGAGAGUGAGUGUACUAUUUAUCUGUUUUUUUAUUAUUAUCGGUCAUUAAGCUGGAUGUCUGAUAUGGCCGGUCACCUGACCUGCUUUUCCCGCUCAAACCCCAGCACUGUGCCAACUCCACCCCUCUGGCAGUAGCACCCUUGCCACAGUUCACCUGAAAGCCAUUUUGCCAUGGCAGGCGAGAAUUGCAAGAGCACUUGCAAACGAUAGCUCAGUAAACAUCAGUGGUAAAUUUGGACAGAUACAGCCAAAGCAGUUACCUGCAGUGGUACUUCCCAGGUAAUUAUUAUUAUUUUGUUAAAUAUGUUUUUGGAUCAAUAAGCGGGUUAUACUCAGGGAUUUUUUUUUUAUUGAUAUGCACCUGUUCCUGAAAAAAAACAAUCUAUGACAUUUCCCGAUUGUUGUAAUAUCCAGAGAUAAGUGGUUUUGCACAAGCACACAUAGUGGCCACCCAGAAACAAGCUUGGUCCUCCUGUAGAAAUGACUUUUACUUCCUGAAGAUAUCUAGUGGAAACGCAAGUGAAACGGAACUUAUUUAUUCUUUAAAAAAAUCACGUACAUGGACGUUUUAUUUGUUACAUUUCAUCCUUAGAUGGGUCCAUUUUAAGUGUAAUUUCCUCACUGUAAUUCAGCGAAAGCAUUAUCCUUUGGCUUUCGCAUAUACACUUAAGUAACAAGGAGCAACCGUCUUCACCAGACCUGAUGUAGGUUGUUUCGGUCACUCUGAUGAAAUACUGUAUUGGUAGUUACUUAUUUUAUGUGCUUUUUAAUUCAUUGUGAGAAUUCUGGGCAGAGGAUUUGUUUGAAUUUGGUGAUCGUGUCAAAGUUGCUGUUGUUACACUGCAUGAAACAUUGACUUUCCUAUAGUCUUCCACACUAUAAAAUCUGCGAUGCAAGCUAAGCGGCUGAAAUGUAUCAUACACUAUGGCUAUGUGCAAGUCUCCUUCCUCUCUCUUUGCACACUUUCCCUCCUGUCAUUCCUGCCACAUCAGAGAUUGCCGGUCCAAUCAAACGUCUCCUCAAAAAUCAAUUGAGCACUGAUAUUUAGCAGGCUUCCAGCCUAUAUGUCUGGCUUUGUAUAAUAAUGUCUUCAUACUGUACACAUGCAAGGCAGCCAUGUGCAAGACAACUGUCCAUUUUCUAAAGGAAGCUCAAUCACAGGCUGAAGGCAGCACACCAUUAGAGAAUGAGAAUCCAUUUAGCAUAUUUGCAUACUGUGAUACAAGGAUUCAGUUACCGCUGGCUAACGUUCACAAAAAAUUAACAAACUCACACCGAUUGUAUCUCAAGUGACAAUCGGAAACUUUCUCAUUUCAUAGUUGCCUUUGGGCAAACUUCUGAAUCUUUUCAGUUUCAGUUUCUGAUUUUAAAAUUUUAAUUUUGUUUUAUUUGCUGCAUACUCGUGACUGGAUUCUUCAAUGUUUGACUUUAGCACAAUAUAUGCAGGCAUUCAUGUUUUGACAAACACAGUUUGGCGAGUUUGGAACUGAACCAAAAGUGGUUUCAGAAAGAGAUUGUGCCAUCUAUAAUUCAAGGCCAUUGUUUUAUAAUGGAAAAGCUAAAAUGGGUGGAGCUUAUUAGCGGAAGCAUUAUCACCACUUUUUCCCUUUUUGACUGUAAAGACAGUUUUAUUUAUAUUGAGAACAUGAUUGCCAAUUGAAAAGUUUUCAACAACUUUUGUAAUUGUUCUCAGGGAGUGUUGUAGCUGUUAAAAUUGCUCUCGUUCUCCUUGAAUUUGAGACAGGAUUUGAAUUUGUGAUAAAUUGUAAAAAAAAAAAAAUCAGGUUUUUUUCUGUCUCCAAGUCACUUUAUUCGCAGUUUAAAAUCUAGUUCCUAAAUGUGUUCAUUAACAUUUAGCCGGGGGGUUGGGAGGGGGGAGGGGGGAGGGGGGAGGGGAAGCAGGGGGCUGAUUUUAUUUGAGCAGUUUAUUUUCAGUUGACCUUAAAGCAGUCGACUGGAUACACGACGUUUAAAUGGAAAAUGCAGUGUUUUUCUGUUUACAGCCUUGCUUUUUGGAUGUGUUGCCAUGGUUUUCGGCUGACUCGCUGUACCCAGGCCAGCUGUGUUGAAUUAUACUCCGCCUGUACUGGGAAAGGCUUGCUCUUCAGCCCUGAAAGUGCCAUUGUGGCGUGGUUACGGUGACACUCUGGUGCCUUUUUCAAAGACGAUUCACGGGAUUUACCUUCGCGUUGCUGUAAGACCUGUACUUUUAACUGUCAAGAGAACUUGAUCUCUAGUUUAAAAUUUUAGCACAAUUAAAAUGGUCAAUUCCUACAAAUCUACUUGUGGUAGUCGGAUACAAUAUAGUAUAUGUACGAAUUAGUUCUCUACAUAAAAUAUACUAUAUUGUACAUGACAUAACAUCGGUAUAAUAUAAAUAUGUAACUACCACCAAAUGUAGAGAUGUGCAUUCGUAUGUAUGUGUUCAUUUUUUAAAUAACUCUGUGUACGUAUACUCUGCCGUUACUGUUAUGUGUGGUUCUUCUGUGCUGCUGCACUUUAUCCUCAUGGAGUUCAUGUAACAUUUUGCAAACCGCGACUGUGCGUUGGUCAUGUGUAAAUUGUGGACUCAUUAAACAUGGCUGGCUGAAUGUCAGAUCGGAGCCA